AUGAAAAUAUUUACUUAAGAAACUAAGUAUUAUUUUUUGGAAAAUACCCAUCAUAACAAUUUUACUAAUCAUCAGUCAACAUUUUUUAGAAGAUACUCAAACAACUCCAUUUCUUUGUAGUGUGGAAGAAAAUUUUAUAAUAAGCUUAUUACCUAGCCUAGUGGCUUUCCUUAAAAAAUUGUUACAACUUAUUAAGCAUUUUUUAGUUGGGGAUUACUAAAAGUGCAAUAAAUAACCUCUUUGUUAUUUAGAGAAGCAGAUAUCCAUUAUAUGGCUAACUUAAGCUGGACAUCACCCCUAUAUAUUCCGCAACCCCAAUUCCCUGUGAUUACUGGUAAAUUAAAUGUGUCCAUCUUAAGAAUUUUUAAGAAGAGAAGUAGUAAGAUUAUCUCCGAUGUGAUUAAAUGCUAAAUAGGCUUUCUUGAGAUCUCUUAAAAUGUAUUACCAUUAAUAUUGAUCACUUUCUCUGUUUCUAAAGUUAAUUGCAUCAUAAAUGGUUUAGUGAGCCAGUUUAAUCUACAGCUUUUAGUCAACUUAAACUUGGCUAAUGUAAUUAUCUUGGUAUUAGAAGCUUGCUCCAUAGCCUUUAUAUGA